UAACUGGAGUCUGUGUCAUACUGUGGUAAAGAUGGAGUUUAUUAAAGAGGAGAUUGAAGACAUGAGUGAUCCAGAACCAUCCAGAAUAAAACAAGAAGAUACUGAGGAACAAACAGGCUGGACAGAAGUAAAACAGCAAAGGCGAGAGGUGAAUGCAGUGAAGGAGGAACACUGUAAAAUCAAAACUUCACGAAAAAAAGCCAAACAGCUGCACACCUGCACAAGGUGUGAAAAGAGUUUCAAACACAAAGAAUACCUUAAGAAACACAUGAGAGUCCACACUGGAGAGAAACCAUUCACAUGCCCUCAGUGUGGAAAGCGUUUUACCGGAGCAUCAAGUCUCCGUUAUCAUCUUCACAUUCACUCUGGAGAAAAGCCUUUUAACUGUGACCAGUGUGGUAAAACGUUUAUUACAUCAUCACAACUGAAACUCCACAUGAUAAUUCAUUCAGAUGACAAGCUUUAUGUGUGUACUUUCUGUGGAAAGAGUUUUUCAUGGCUGAGCAGUUACAAACAUCAUCAGAAAACACAUAAUGAAGUGAGAGAUCACGUGUGUUGUGAGUGUGGGAAGAGCUUUAUCACAGCUGGGGGUUUGAAACGGCAUCAAAGAGUUCACACUGGAGAAAAACCUCACAAGUGCUUGUAUUGUGACAAGAGUUUUGCUCAGUCUGGAAACCUGAAAGUACAUGAAUUAAUACAUUCUGGAGAGAAGCCAUACUACUGUAUUCAGUGUGGAAAGGGUUUUACUGCAGCGUUAAGUCUCAGUUAUCAUCUGCUCAUUCACUCUGGAGAAAAGCCUUUUAACUGUGAUCAGUGUGGUAAAACGUUUAUCACAUCAUCAAGUCUUAAAAAACACCUGACAGUGCAUUCAGAUGAGAAGCCUCAUGUGUGUUCUUACUGUGGAAAGAGUUUUUCACAACUGAAGCACUGUAAACAGCAUCAGAAGACACACAGUGGAGGGAAAGAUCAUGUGUGUUGUGAGUGCGGGAAGAGUUUUAUUAGAGCUGAUAAUCUGAAACAGCACCAAAGGAUUCACACUGGAGAAAAACCUUACAAGUGCUCAUAUUGUGACAAGAGUUUCACUGUGUCUGGAAAUUUGAAAGUACACGAGCGAGUUCAUACUGUACCUAGUGUGGAAAGCGUUUCACUAAGUCAGCAGAUCUACUGACUCGUAUUAAAAAUAUUUUUUUUCUGGAUUGAGCAAAUAUUUUCUACAGAUGCAAGGUUUUUUGCAUAAAUAUUUUCUUAGAUAUCUAUUUAUGCAUUUCCCUGCAACAUAAAAGUUGUAUAUAGGCGCUGUAUAAUGAUGCAAAUAAAUUUUACAUUUCAGUGACUUCUCUAAUUAAGUGUGAUGUGUUAGUCCAUUAGGCUACAGUACUUCAAACUCUACUUCAAACUAGUCAAACUCUCUCAGACAGGCUUAGUGCCUUGGACAAUCAAUGUGCCAUGAAUGUUAAGGAGACGUGGUCCAACAUUAGGGACAUUAUGUAAAACACAGCUGUUGAAGUCCUUGGCUUCACCACAUUCAUACCAUUAUGAUGCUACCAUCUUUCUGAAGUUAUUUCUACCCCCUUGUAAUUUGGCUCCGAAUCUCAGGUGAAAAUUACCAUUUUGACCCCCUCUACAAAAUAGUAGAUUACUCAGUAAAUAUUAAUCCAUGACAUUGAAUAAUUUGCCUUUCAUCACUAUAAAUGUCUAUAUAUAUAUUUACAGAAGAUCUCAGACAUCGUCAUAAUAUUCUUGUUGUCAGGAGAGAUUUUUCAGCGUAGAUUAAGAAAAAAAUAAUGGAUAAUAUGUGUAGUAUAAAAUCAUGAUGUAUACGUAAAAUCAUUAGGUAUAUGUUAAGUCAUCAUGAAACAUGAAAACCCUACAUGUGUUGAAAAAAAAACUGCAAAUGCUGGCUAGUGGCUAAGUAUGUUUUGAAGCAUGGCUGCUGGUGUAAGA